AAAAUAUGUCUCAUCCUAAAAGAAUAAAAAUGUAAACGGAGAUGAAGCAGCUUUCAUUGGUUUCACAGCUGCAUUUUAUUGGCUAUGGCUUACGCUUACAAAUCUGUUGAGGGAUGACCAACUGAAGGGGCGGGAAGUGAUGAAAGUAAACAAGUUCACAGUAUUAUAAAAGUAGGAGCAAGGCCCCACCAUUCUUACAGCACCUCGAGAAUCCCUCAGAUUCGCUUGUUGCUGUGAAGCCAUGGUGAUGAAGUGGAGUGCUGCUUGCCUUGUGGCACUGGCUUUACUUGUCAGCAUCUGUGAUGCUCAGUGGGCAGAUUACAAGUCGCCACCUGGAUAUCAGAAGCAAGGUCCUCCCGUGAGACAAGAGCCCACAGUGCCUCAAGGUUCUCAACAGCAAAAGCAGUCAUUUGGAAAAGAACUCGUCUGGACAUACCCUGUGCCCGUCCCAACUGCACCUCCUCCUGAAGUGCCAUUCGAGCCGAUACGUCCUGAAUCUGUUGCAUCCGUUGCUGUUGAGUGCAGAGAGAGGGAUGCUCACGUGGAAGUCAGGAGGGACAUGUUUGGGACUGGCCAGCUCAUUGAUCCGAAUGACCUCACCCUGGGGAACUGUCCCGUUCUCGCAGAGGAUUUCUCCACUCAAGUGUUGAUUUUUGAAGCUGAACUGCAUCAGUGUGGGAGCUCAUUAGUGUUGACAGAAGAGUCCUUGAUCUAUAUCUUCAAUCUGAACUAUGAUCCCAGACCUCUGGGUGCUUCUCCCGUAGUGAGGACCGGCAGAGCGACUGUAGUUAUAGAAUGCCACUACCCAAGAAAGCACAAUGUGAGCAGCCCUCCUCUUGAACCCCUGUGGAUCCCAUAUGCUGCAGUUAAAGUGGCUGAGGAAUUCUUGUACUUCAGCUUGAAACUCAUGACUGAUGACUGGCUAUAUGAGAGGCCAGUCAACCAGUAUUUCCUGGGAGACAUGGUUCAUCUUGAGGCUCAGGUCAGGCAGUUCUUCCACACGCCUCUCCGUGUUUACGUGGACAGAUGUGUGGUUUCUCUUUCCCCUGACCCGAACUCCACCCCCAGAUAUGCCUUCAUUGAGAACUAUGGGUGUCUGGUUGAUGCCAGGGUCACAGGCUCUACCUCAAGGUUCUUCCCUCGCACUGCAGAGAACAAGCUCCAGUUCCAGCUGGAGGCCUUCAGGUUCAAGGGCUCUGACAGUGGACUGCUCUAUAUUACCUGCCACUUGAAAGCAACAUCUACUAGCUAUGUUCUUGAUACUGAACACAGAGCCUGUUCCUAUGCCAAUGGGUGGAGUGAGGCCAGUGGAGUUAAUGGUGUUUGUGGAUCCUGUGAUUCUGGUGGAGCUGAUCCUAGCUGGGGUAUUGGUGGUGGUGGUAUUGCUCAAGAAAGGAAGACCCGAGAUGUGUCUAAAACUGAUCCUACUGAAUGGGAAGCCGAUGUCACCCUGGGUCCCAUCUCCAUCAGUGACAGGCCAGUCGCUUAACACGGUUGACCAUGACCAUCAAAACAAACAUUAACCUUGGUUCAUUAGUGUCUGUAUGUUAUUCUCUUGCUACUUGUUGGCAGUUUGAUCUACAUAGGGAAGGAAAGGCCAUACACUCAAUGGAAUGUAAUUGAAAAACUGAAAACUCUUAAGUAACCCAAAGCUAUUACAUACUGUGUAAUAAUAAAUGUUACAUAUGGACAUAUGAACUGCCUCUGUCCUCUUCAUAGACCCGCAACUCUUUCCCCUUGAUGGAAAUAAAAAUGCAAUUAC